UUCUUGGCUUGUAAAGUUCUUUUUUUUUUUCUUUUCUGCUACUGUCGGGGUAUACCUUGACUUUUGUUUUUGACAACGACAACGACAACGCCCUCACCCUUUGGGCGGAAGAUUUGGAUGAGCUUAUGCUGCUUUCUCUCUCUCCAUCAAAAUCAUCCAAGGCACAGAUCUCGUGUGCUGUCUUUCUCAGCAACGCGACUCCCCCUCGGUGUUUGCUCACCAGAUAGAUUUCUUCUCUCUGACUCGGUUAGAUAUGUUGAAGUGGCUAGCAUAGCUGAAAUUGGAAUAAAUCAUAACUUGUUUGAAAUUUUCUUCGUCUUCAGGAUUCCAGACCGUUCUAUGGUCUGGUUGCUCUUAUUCUUGUACUUUCGUAGUACUCCGUCUGAGGUCGUAGAUUCACGAGUGCUUUGUCUUCGCUACUGUGUAACCCGACUCGAUCCUAUCGUAGAUGUACCGGAGCUUCGUGGCGCGAACGAUGUAGCCGUGCAGUUUUGUACUCACUACGUGAUGCAUUUCGUGAUCAGGUAUGUGCUUGUGAGACGUGAUAUGCACCUGGGCGUUCUUGCAGUCCGUAUAUGGGAGGAAACGCCGAUGACACUACUCCAAAGUCAAAUUCAACAGGAGCUAUCGAAGCAUGAACCUGGAUGCUGUUCUUCCGGCACGUCGUAUGCAGGUACGAAGUUACCUUUGUGUAGCAUACCCCUGGCUUACGAAGUGGAAGAGCACGUCGAGAACAGCAACGUGCCUGCUUUGCACGCCCCAUAGUACUGUCAUGAUGGGAUGAAACCCCGCCAUCCUGGAACACAUCAGAUCACGUAUCGUGCAGCAAUCACACCGCCGUUCUGGCUGGAUCGGAGUAUAAACCUGAUGAUCGAGACGUGCAGGAUCGAUAUCAUCUCGCCUCGUGUCGAGGGGGGCUGCUACCGCUGCCGUCAGCUGGAGCGAAUGGCUGAAGAGAUGGAAGAGCGACAUUCUUCCUGUAGAACAUCGUCUGCGAUGCCUGGU